GAUAAGUUUCUGGUUCAAAUGAGGAAUACUGGUAUAUGAACAAGAAACGUGAAAUUUCUAAUUGAAUUAUUUUUUACUCAUAGGUAUUCAAAUGGGAGGAUGUGGUACGGUAACUGUACGUUUUCGUCCUGCAUUAAUUUUUGCUGAAAAACAUGCCAAUAUUGUUCUUGAUAAAUUAUUUCAAGUAGCUAAACAGCAUUAA